AUGGCCGAUAUAAAUACUGGUGCUUUUAAACAUGACAGUACGGAACCUCCGACGUCUAACUUGGUGCUACCGUUAUUCUCCCUGAAGGGUAGAACGGCUAUCGUCUCUGGAGCCGGCGCUGGUAUCGGUCUUGCAAUUGCUCAUGCAUUCGGUACGAAUAAAAGGCUCCUUGCUGAGGCUGGAGCGAAUGUUGCGAUCUGGUAUAACUCCAACAAGAAAGCUCUUGAUGAAGCCGCGAACAUUGAGAAAACAUAUGGCGUGAAGUGCAAGGCUUACCAAGUCAACGUGACAACCUGGGAGACGGUACAAGCCGCCGUUGACGAGAUUGUAAAGGAUUUCAAUGGCAGACUCGACAUCUUCGUCGCGAACUCCGGUAUUGCAUGGGAAGAGGGUUCGUUCAUCGACGGCCCGCUCGAGACGAUGCAAAAAGUACUGAAAGUUAACAUCGACGGCACACUUUUCUGCGCACGCGCCGCUGCGCUGCAUUGGCGACGGCAAAAGAAAGAGGGAACCACGGUCGACGGGCAACCCCUGGAGAACUUCACGUACGGUAGCUUCAUUGCUACGUCUAGUAUGAGCGGUCACAUCGUCAAUAUCCCUCAGCAGCAGACCGUGUACAAUUUGUCUAAGGCUGCGAUUACUCAUGCUUGCAGGUCGUUGGCUAUCGAGUGGGUGGGUUUCGCGCGUGCUAACUCGGUCUCCCCCGGCUAUAUCAAGACCGAGAUCUCGGCUUUCAUUCCUCUAGAAACUAAGAACAUCAUCAAGGGCAAGAUUCCAAUGGGACGGGAAGGCGAGCCGGAGGAGUUGAAGGGCGUAUACUUGUACCUGGCUUCCGACGCCUCGUCGUACACGAAUGGCACAGAUAUCAUUGUUGAUGGCGGAUACACUGUGCCGUAGUUGGAUCUAGAAGGGGUUUGAGGGUACAGCAUACCAAAAGUACUUACUAGUAUAGAUAGAAUUUUGUGUACGUAAACUAUAGCACUUAGGCGUUUCAUUUUACUACUACAACCGCUGUCUACAAUAAUUAUCGAUAUAGACGGCAGCUGUACUGCGUUAUAGAUAUGUUUCGAGACUCUUGAGGCUUGUCAAAAUACUUAUGGUCAAGUUGGUGAAGGAGACCCAACGUGGGAGGGCACCCUUUGCAUAGGUAACUUUGAAUUAGUACUUACGUAUUUUAGGC